UACAGCAGCCUUUGGAAUGCUUGCAGCCAUAUAAGCAGCAAGUUUCUUCUUGGGGAAUAAAAUCAGCAGUGUUGCUAUUACAAAAUGACAAAACAUCCUCCGAAUAGAAGAGGGAUCAACUUUGAGGUGGGAGCCCAGUUGGAAGCCCGUGACAGAUUAAAAAACUGGUACCCAGCUCACAUUGAGGAGAUUGACUAUGAAGAAGGGAAAGUGCUUAUCCAUUUCAAGCGCUGGAACCAUAGAUACGAUGAAUGGUUUUGCUGGGACAGUCCUUACUUACGUCCCUUAGAGAAAAUACAGUUAAGAAAGGAAGGACUGCAUGAGGAAGAAGGUUGUGCAGGAUUUCACAUCAAUGACCAGGUGUUGGCUUGCUGGUCUGACUGUCGUUUCUACCCGGCCAAAGUUACCGCUGUUAACAAAGAUGGUACAUACACUGUGAAAUUUUAUGAUGGUGUAGUCCAGACUGUCAAAAACAUUCAUGUCAAAGCUUUUUCCAAAGAUCAGAACGGUGUGGGGAAUGCGAAGCCGAAGGAGAGAGGUAAUGAAAUUCCAUCGUCUCCUGAAAAGCAGGAGAGAUUUAAAGAGCAGAGGAAGACAGGUAAUGCAAAGAAAGACAAGGAUGAAAAGACAUUAAAGACUGAGAGGAGAGUCAAGCAGCCUGAUAAAGAAGGCAAAUUGAUAGUCAUCUCGGAAAAGGGCAAGGUCUGCGAGAAGAAUCUGUCCAAGAAUGGAAAAGAAGAUAAAGAGAAUAUAUCAGAGAAUGAUAUGGAAUAUUCAGUAGAUACAGAAAUUGAGAAGAAGCCUGAAAAUGACAACGUGAAGAGUCCCCAGGAGAACACAAAAGAAGCUAAACGGAAGCGUGGGAGACCGCCAGUGACACCCACGGAGCCAAGCUCUCAGACUCUGCAGCCCAUAACUUUGGAGCUGAGACGCCGGAAAAUCCCUAAAGGAGCUGAAGUCCCUUCCAAGCGUCCCAGGAUUGACAGACACUUGUCUCAGGAAAAAUUGAAGAAUUCUUCAGAUAACCCUGAAAGAGACCAGGUCAGGAGGCGAUCUUCCAGACUCUCAUCUAGUAUUGGCCAUGAAAUCUUAACUGCAGAUCAUGUCACAACUUCAGCAGCAAUUCAGCCUUUGAAAGAUGCAGAAUGUAACCAACAGGAAUCUGAGAAGGUCCAGUUAGAAGUUCCUGUUGAAUCUGACCAAAGUUUCAGUGAAGAAGGUUCUCCUGGGAACACAGCACUCAGCGCAGCACUCGGCACGGAUGCUAGUUUGCAGGAAGAAAAAGCUGAAGACACUGAGCCUGGCUCUGUUACUGCCAGAGCUCAAGAGCCUUCUCCUUCUGCAGUAACAAAAUCUUGUAGGAGAGCAGAUUUUCUUGCCUCAGUAAGAGCUGCAACUGUUGACCAAGAUCACAAGUUUAGAUGCAAGUUCUUGGACUGUUCAAAAUCCUUCCGCAAAGCCAAGUUAUUGCAUUACCACAUGAAGUACUUUCAUGGAGUGGAGAAGGCUGCAGAAUCACAGCAGAGCCCUGUGCAAAGAAAUAUCCAAACCAGAGCUUCUUUGGCUUCUGAGAAAGCUAAUCAAGAGAGGUCAAAAAGAGGACGGAGCGCAGCUGGUUCGUUGUAUGCUCCUCUACACAUAGCCCUGAGGAGUACCCCAUAUAGAGAUGAAAAGAUAGAAAGGAGAAGAAGUUCAGCUCCUGUAAGUGCACUGAGCAGUCACCGCCACGCUGUUAGAGAGCAAGCCAAGAGCCGCAUAGCCAGAGCGCUGCGGAGGCCUCCAGACGCAGCAGUGGUUGAACAUGCUGUUGUGGAACAUGAGAAGAGCAAAGAGAGCAAAUCCAAAGACUAUGGAAGGCCUAAGUCAAAGAAGAAAAAAAAAAAGAAAAAGAGAAGCAAGCCUGAGUACUCUGGCAGCGAGGAGGUCACAGAGGCUUCACCAGAGCUUUCUCCUGACAAAGCAGUUGUCACAAAAUGCUUUCCUUCAACUAAGUCCUUUGCCCAAACAAGUGCACUGCUACCCUGCUCUGAUUCUGGACAGCACAGAGGAAAAUCAAAAGCACAUGAGGAUGACACCCUGAGCGAGUCCUCUCUGGACAGCUUGCUCUGGAGUGACGACGACUGCAGCCAGGACGUGGAUGUGACCAACCCUGAGGAGGAGGCCGAGGAGAGCGACUUCGAGAUCGUUCGCUGCGUCUGUGAAGUGAAGGAAGAGAAUGACUUCAUGAUCCAGUGUGAAGAGUGUCUGUGCUGGCAGCAUGGAGUCUGUAUGGGCUUACUGGAAGAUAAUGUACCUGAGAAAUACACCUGCUAUGUUUGCCAAGAUCCUCCAGGUCAGAGGUCCAGCUUGAAGUACUGGUACGAGAAGGAGUGGUUAAGCAAUGGGCACAUGCAUGGCUUGGCAUUUUUGGAAGAGAAUUACUCCCACCAGAAUGCUAAGAAGAUAGUAGCCACUCACCAGCUCCUUGGCGAUGUACAGAGGGUGAUAGAAGUACUGCACGGCCUGCAGCUGAAGAUGAGCAUCCUACAAAAUAAAGAACAUCCUGACCUAAAGCUCUGGUGCCAUCCCUGGAAGCACAUCACAGUGGAUGAAAAACUUCAUGGGAAGCACAUCAUUCACAUUGAGGAGAGCUGCUGCAAGGAGGAGACAGCAAGUUACAGGGCCUGGAACGGGACAGCGGAGAAGCCUUCGACCGUUCCCGCUGUGGAGGAGUCCUACAUCACCAGUGAGCACUGCUACCAGAAGCCUCGGGCCUACUACCCUGCCAUUGAGCAGAGACUGGUGGUGGAAACAAGGGGUUCAGCCAUGGAUGAUGGAGUGAACAGACUGAGGGAGAACGGGGAGGAUGCCCUGUCAGAGAGGCUUGGCUGGGAUCUGGACCGAGAGAUAUGCAAGAUGGAAACCGAGUCCAAGCUCUCUUACUCAAAGGUGAGAGAGUCUGUUUCCAAGAAAGGCUUUCCAGAGGAAGCUAUUGAGAUGAAGCUGCUGGAAAAAGAGAAGGAAGGAGUUGUGAACUCACAGCUGCAGUGGCAGCUUAAUCUCCUGGCUCACGUGGAGUCUCUGCAAGAUGAAGUCAUACACAGAAUGGAUUUCAUCGAGAAGGAGCUGGAUGUUUUGGAGAGCUGGUUGGAUUACACAGGGGAGCUGGAGCCACCAGAGCCACUGGCACGACUGCCCCAGCUCAAGCACUGCAUCAAGCAGCUGAUAACGGACCUGGGCAAGGUGCAGCAGAUUGCGCUGUGCUGCUCGACGUGAGACCAGAGCCCGCUGCAGACUGUGACUGUGUGAAGCUGGAGCCUCUCUUCUGAACAGCUCUGUGUAUUUAAAAGAGAUCAGCAUGCUGGUUGCAUGUGAUGCAGACUGACUUCAGGGAUUUGUGAAGUGCUGUUCAAAGAGCAGCCAAAAGGUUCUUCUACCUGCUCCUAACUCCGGGUUUGUUAGGCAGGCACGACUGUAGGGGACAGGUCCCACCCUUGUCUUCAGAAGUUAGGUGUUGGCUGACAAAUUACACUUCACUAUUCACUCCUUACAAGUUGCUUAUGGAAACAGUAGAAUUCUUCAUCAUUACUUUGACUAAAAUUGUGCCACUGAAGAACAAGAGUUCUAAGAGCCAAAUAUGUUUAGUUGACAGAGGUUGUAAAUAACUUUGCAUAGUUUAAGUGAGUUGUGUUAUGUUUUAUUCCUCUGGUUUCUGCAUACUAGCACACAGUAUUUAAUCACUAGGAGAUGGUAGCAGUCUUCAGACUUAGUAAGUAUGAAUGUCCAGCUCUUAACUGUAAAGUGUUAGGUGGAGGUUGGCGAGUUAAGAAUGGCCUAACCCCCCCUGCUGUUCUGGUCAGGUGGUCACAGGUGGGUUGCACUUAUUUCCAGAAUAAAUGAUUGUUUUCCAUAUUUAUGCUCUCAUGUCCCAUGGCUGGCUGCUGGGGAGCCCAGGAGGUGUGCAGGGAGCUCCUGCCCCUGGCCUCGGGGUGCCUCUGGAGCAGAGCUGGCGGGACGGCCCCGCGGGGGGCCUGGAGCUGUGCUCGGGGCUGGGGCUGUGGUGGGGGCUGGGCAGGUUUCUGCUCCUGGUUGCUGGUUGCCAUUCCACUUCUGUUGGGAGGUGUUGACUCUCUUCAGUGCUCUGGAGCUGACUCUCUGCAGCGCUUUGGACACGUUGUAAAGACUUAACUCUAUGAAUGUGAGCUUGGGGGAAGCAGUUCCUUUUGUAUGUGUGUAAAUAAAGCCUCCAGAUCUAUGCAUGAGGUGCUGCCCUCGUGGGCAGCCAGGGGUCCUUGCCUGCUCCCAGUCUCCAUUUGCUGCUGUGUGUGACUUGGUGAGAGCAAGGCACCAGGGCAGGUGGCACAGUCCCUUUGGAGCCGCUGCUGUGAGCGUUUGAGGGGUCCAAGUCUUUCAGCUGCAGGUCUUAGCUCCCCAAGUGAUGGCUGUGACUCCUUCCCCAGUGCUGCUCUCCCUGCAUGGUCCAGAGGCUGUGCUGUGCAGGGAGAGGAGGGCCUUGAAAAGCUGGAUUGUGUGUGAUGGUAUCACCAAAGGGUUGUCAUCUGAAGGGCCCAGAACCGUGCAGGCUCCCAGCUGGAUCCUGGGUCUGUAGUGCUGGCAUGGCACCACGGGCAGAGGGCAUCUGGAGCACCCAGUGCUGCUGCAGAGGCAGUGGGAGCUGCACAGGGGAUGCUGCAGGUGCUGCAG